CUCAAUUCCAGCACGCGGACCAGUGUAAAUGUGAAUGAGGUUCCCAGCCUCUUUAGCAGGAUGGGGAUGGAUCUGAGUCUUUCUAAUGCCCAAACAACACCCUGGCUUAUUGCUAUGUGUUUUUUGGUUUGUUUGUCUGUUUGUUUGUUUGUUUUUGUUUUUGUUUUUCCUUCUUUGAAUAUAGGGAAUUAGGACAUUGACCUUGUAGAGCAAGCUACUUUAGCUCUCUGGGGACUGAGAGUUUACCAGAUGAGGAUGGGUUCUCACCAAAUUUACACAAUUAAACGGAGCAUGGUGGGAGAUAUCUGGGAAAUUAGCAGGUUUGGCCCUGGAGAGAGCUAAGAACUCCGAUGCUCUCCUUUUGAGUCCUUUUACUCUCUUAGAAGCACCAGAUCCCGGCCUUUCACCACUCCUGGAAGGGACAGCGGAGGGCAAGAACCGGGCGCGUCCUCCGAAGCCCAGCCAGGCCAAGGCGGCUGCCAGGACCGCUCCGCCUCUUGGGGCUCUCCUCUGGGAAGUGUCUCGUGUAGGAUUCCAGAGCAUUCCGGCUGCCGGGAGUGUCGCCACCCGACUCCAGCUGUAGCCGAAUUCCGGCCCGCAGCUCCGAGAGUAGCAGGACAAGGGGGCGCCGCGCUUUCCCGGCCCGGGUGUUCAGAGGAAGGGGGAGAUCGCUCCCUGCCGGUGGGAGGGGUCGCAGCCCGCGCUCCCCCUCCCCACCCGCCCGCCCCAGGUUAAAUGCAGCUGCCGCCUCGCCUCGCUCUAGCUGUCUGGCAGUCCCCACCUAGGGCAAGCUGCCCACGCCGUUACCUGGUCCAACUCCCCAGGAGGUUUGGCCGGUCGCUCUGUAGCCGCGCCUCUGAGCUGUCCGGCAGGCUCAGGCUGUGACACUUUGGGUCUUCACCCUACAAGCACCAUGAGAGGCCUUCUUUGCUGGCCACUGCCCCUGCUGCUGUUUUUUCUCCAGCCCUGGGAAAGCCAGCUCCAGUCUGCAGGUCCUAGGUGCUAUACUGGGCCCCUGGAUUUGGUGUUCGUGAUUGAUAGCUCCCGCAGCGUGCGUCCCUUUGAGUUCGAGACCAUGCGUCAGUUUCUAGUGGGCCUCCUCCGUAGCCUGGACGUGGGGCUGAACGCCACGCGCGUUGGCGUGAUUCAGUAUUCUAGCCAAGUGCAGAGCGUGUUUCCCCUGGGCGCCUUCUCGCGCCGCGAGGACAUGGAGCGCGCCAUCCGCGCCGUGGUGCCGCUGGCACAGGGCACCAUGACCGGACUGGCGAUCCAGUAUGCCAUGAACGUGGCCUUCAGCGAAGCGGAAGGAGCGCGCCCGCCGGAGGAGCAAGUGCCGCGGGUCUUGGUCAUCGUGACCGACGGGCGACCUCAAGACCGAGUGGCUGAAGUGGCUGCGCAGGCGCGUGCCCGCGGCAUUGAGAUCUACGCGGUAGGGGUGCAGCGAGCCGAUGUGGGCUCUCUACGUGCCAUGGCUUCCCCGCCGCUGGACCAGCACGUCUUCUUGGUGGAGUCCUUCGAUCUCAUCCAGGAGUUUGGCCUGCAGUUCCAGGGCCGGCUGUGCGGGAAGGACCUGUGUGCUGAGUGGGGCCAUGGCUGCCAACACCAGUGUGUCAACGCUCCAGGAACCUUCUACUGCACCUGCAACUCUGGCUACAGGCUAGCACCAGAUAACAAGAACUGUGUGGCCAUGGACCUCUGUGCUGAAGGAACCCAUGGUUGCGAACACAUCUGUGUCAAUUCCCUGGACUCCUAUUUCUGUCGUUGUCGAGCUGGCUUUACACUCCAGCAGGACCGGAGGAGCUGCAGGGUGAUCGACUACUGCAGCUUUGGAAACCAUAGCUGCCAGCACGAAUGUGUGAACACCCCCGUGGGGCCACAAUGCCGCUGCCAAGAGGGCCAUGACCUGCUGCCUGACGGGAGGAGCUGUCGGGUCAGGGACUUCUGCAAUGGUGUGGAUCAUGGCUGCGAGUUCCAGUGUGUGAGUGAGGGUCUUUCCUUCCGCUGCCUGUGUCCUGAGGGGAGGCGACUUCAGGCUGAUGGCAAGAGCUGUGACCGGUGCCGGGAGGGCCACGUGGAUCUUGUUCUCCUGGUGGAUGGCUCCAAGAGUGUGCGUCCACAGAACUUCGAGCUGGUGAAGCGCUUCGUGAACCAGAUUGUGGACUUCCUGGAUGUGUCCCCUGAGGGAACACGCAUCGGGCUGGUGCAGUUCUCCAGCCGGGUGCGCACUGAGUUCCCUCUGGGCCGCUAUGGCACCGCAGCUGAGGUGAAACAGGCAGUCCUCGCCGUGGAGUACAUGGAGCGCGGAACCAUGACUGGGCUCGCACUGCGUCACAUGGUGGAGCACAGCUUCUCAGAGGCGCAGGGUGCGCGGCCUCGUGACCUCAACGUGCCUCGUGUGGGCUUGGUGUUCACAGAUGGCCGCUCUCAGGAUGACAUUUCAGUGUGGGCAGCUCGUGCCAAAGAGGAAGGCAUCGUCAUGUAUGCUGUGGGCGUGGGGAAGGCGGUGGAGGAAGAGCUUCGUGAGAUCGCAUCCGAACCAUCGGAGCUGCAUAUGUCCUACUCUCCGGACUUUAGCACCAUGACUCACCUGCUGGAGAAUCUCAAAGGCAGCAUUUGCCCAGAGGAGGGCAUCAGCGCGGGGACAGAGCUUCGGAGUCCCUGCGAAUGCGAAAGCCUAGUGGAGUUCCAGGGCCGCACGCUGGGGGCGCUCGAGAGCCUGACGCAGAACCUGGCCCAGCUGACAGAGCGCCUGGAGGAGCUGGAGAACCAGCUGGCUAGCCGGAAGUGAAGGUCGCGUGCCGUCUGAACACCCGUGCCCCGCGGCAUGGAUCGUCCGGGAGGGGGCGCUGGCGGGCCCCCAGCGCUGCCUUCGAGCUGGCCUCGCCUGGACCAGAAGCCAGAUUUGGGGGGCGAGGGGCUGGGGAGGUCCUAGUGGGGAAGGCACGCUACACUUGCAGGCCCUCGCCACGUGCUGCGCCCAGUUCUUUGUUGGAUUUCUUUUUUGUUUUCUUUUUCUAAAAAACAAAACAAACAAACAAAAAAAAACCCCAAAAAACACCGGUUUCCAGUGGGUCGGUUUGUGGCUAUUGCUGUGCCGCCAGGGGGAGGGAGUUCAGUUGCAGCGUGCUCGCCGGCGCCCGGACGGCGUCCUCCUAGAGAAAGGCGCAUUGUGCCACACUGGGGCUGGGGGCAGGGGGCCGGCCGCCGCUUCCCGUCCCCUGUUUAUUCAGCCCAGAACAGAUGGCCCGUUAUGCAGGAUGCGGGGAAGGAGGGGGUGCCCCGAGAACCCUUGGGUGUGAGUAAGUCUGAGUCCCCCAUCCUUUAGCACUUCGUUCUCUUGCUGUUCCUGUCUCCUGGCGCCAAAAAUGUGGCUCAAAGGCCGCUUGGGACCUGGCUGGGGAGUUGGUGAAGAGGUGGGAGCCACGGUUGAGCCCCUGAAUGGUCAGAGUUGGGGGGUGGGGUGGGAGAUGUGCUUCACCUGGAUUGUGUCUGCCUCUGGCACUCAGUGGCACGCCCGAGUCUGUGGCUUUCUCUCUGCCCCCACCCCCUCUACCCACAAGGAACACAAACUUCUCAUGUACACGUGGAAAACUAAAGCUCAAAAUGUUUUCGGUUUCAGAGUGAGUUUCAGGUAAAUUCCUCUGGGUUUAUUUUGCCACCGUUAAAGCUGGGAUAGAAAUUGUUACCCCAAGGGGUUGCUGUGGUUAGAAGAAUUUAUGCCAAGGCAUCUGCCAUUGUGCCCAACGUGUAUUUCAGGCCCUUAGUAUGGUAAUCGGCAACUAUUCUUAUUGUAAUAGGUAACAUGUUCCUCUUGGACAUGGUUUUAAGUGAUUUCCAAGCAUUGACAUUGUAUCCUCUUUUAUCCAGACAACCUUGUGAGAUUAUUAUUAUCUUAGAUGGCAAGAUGGCCCAGCUGGCAAGCACGUUUACCCAUCAAGCCUGACAAUCUGCUGACAAUCUGAGUUCAUUUCUUGGGAC